AUGCCUUCGCGUUGCAAGGAGUUAAUUGCAUUACACGAGAAUACACUUUUCUACAGGGGAGAGAAGUUUAUUUUAUUAUUUGUAAGGCUAAAGGAAAAAAUAAAUACACUCAACCGAUUGGAGCUACAGAAAAUAACCGUGCUUUGCAAGGAGUUAAUUGCAUUACACGAGAAUACACUUUCUACAGGGGAGAGAAGUUUAUUUUAUUAUUUCGCUGCGCGGAGGGAGGGCGGCCGGGGCGGGCGCGGCCGGGGGCGGUGGAAGGGGCCGGAGGAGCGGGCCGGGGCGGCGUGCGGGGGCCGGGCCCGGGGCCGGGGCCGUGGCCGGGGUCGUGGCCGCGGGGGCGGCCGGGGUCGCGGCCGGGGGGGCCGGGGCAGACCCCCCAGCGGCGCGGGGGGAGCGGGAGGCCGACCCGGCGCCGCCCCCCCCGCCGCCCGUGCCGGUGCCCCCCCCCCCCGUGCCGGUGCCCCCCCCGGUGCCCCUCCCGCCGGUGGUGGCGGCGGCGGCAAGAGGAUGGACUGCCCGGCCCUUCCCCCCGGCUGGAAGAAGGAGGAAGUGAUCCGAAAAUCCGGGCUCAGCGCCGGCAAGAGCGAUGUCUACUACUUCAGUCCAAGUGGUAAGAAGUUCAGAAGUAAGCCUCAAUUGGCAAGGUACCUGGGAAAUACUGUUGACCUCAGCAGUUUUGACUUCAGAACUGGAAAGAUGAUGCCUAGUAAAUUACAGAAGAACAAGCAGAGACUAAGAAAUGAUCCACUCAAUCAAAAUAAGGGUAAACCAGACUUGAAUACAACAUUGCCAAUCCGACAAACAGCAUCAAUUUUCAAACAACCAGUAACCAAAGUUACCAACCACCCUAGUAAUAAAGUGAAAUCAGACCCACAGAGAAUGAACGAACAGCCGCGUCAGCUUUUCUGGGAGAAGAGGCUUCAAGGGCUAAGUGCAUCCGAUGUAACAGAACAAAUUAUAAAAAGCAUGGAGCUACCUAAAGGUCUUCAAGGAGUUGGCCCGGGUAACAACGACGAGACCCUACUAUCUGCUGUUGCCAGCGCUUUGCACACCAGCUCUGCACCAAUAACGGGGCAGAUCUCUGCUGCUGUCGAAAAGAACCCCGCUGUUUGGCUGAACACAUCUCAACCCCUCUGCAAAGCUUUCAUCGUUACAGAUGAAGAUAUUAGGAAACAGGAAGAACGAGUCCAACAGGUGCGUAAGAAAUUGGAAGAAGCACUAAUGGCAGACAUCUUGUCACGAGCUGCUGAUACUGAGGAAAUGGAUAUUGAAAUGGACAGUGGAGAUGAAGCAUAAGAAUAUGAUCAGGUACUUUCAACUGAUUUUCCCCAAGGGCAAAUUCCUAGGAGUUGGCGAUGAUUUCUUCCACUGGUUUUUGCUUAAAAGAAGAAGUGGACCCAUGCACAUUUAUAUAGCUUUCUAAUAGCGUUAACCAAUGCCUUUUUAGACAUAUUUUUGAUGUAUAUAUCUAUUAUUCAAAAAUUGAUCUUUAUUUUAUGUCCUAUGACUUAAAAGUAGUCUUUUUAAUAUCAAGCAGUACCCUUAAACUGAAGCUGAGCUUUUGAUAUCAGGUUGCAAUCUGCAGGAAUUAUAAUACUUGUAUUAAAUAUUUGUUUCCCCUACAGUUUUAGUAUGGAUGAAUCAGGACAACUGAAAAAAAUGUUUCCCAAUUAAAGAUUAUUAUGACUUCACUGUAUAUACAGAUUUUUAUACUUCUAUUGAGAGAAGACACCUGUACAUUCUUCCAUCAUCACUGUAAAGACAAAAUAAAUGACUAUAUUCACA